AUGGACUCUAAAGUCUUAUCGUCAGAUUACCCUUCCUACCCACCACAGCGCUCAGCAUCUCUAGCUGACACCGAACUCGCUCAAAAGCACGGCCCAACAUCACAACACGAGCAACCAGCUGGUCCGCAAAAGAAAUGGUAUCGAGAUACCAAGGCCAUUGUAGCGAGAAUGAAGUCAAAUUGGCUCUUGCUAUUUAUCAUACCAGCCUUGAUUGCACCACGUUAUGAGCAGUACAUAAAUUCACUGCUUAUUUUUUUGUUCAAUUUAUUGGCUAUCAUUCCGCUGGCAAGGAUUAUGACUAUCGGAUUGGACGACAUAAUAACAAGAUUAGGACCUGAAUAUGCAGCGGUACUCCACGCGUUAGCUGGAAAUCUAGUCGAACUGAUUAUUUCAUCCUUUGCAUUAAUGGACGGACACUAUGCUGUUGUCCGAUCUGCCUUACUGGGUGCUAUAUUGUCUAAUAUUUUAUUGGUAAUGGGAAUUAUCUUCUUGGCAGGUUCCAUGCCUAAGAAAGGCAAUCCCGUACGCGUCCUCCAUGCCGAUCUGAACUCUGAACUGUUUGUCUCCACUAGCGCAUCCGUCCUUGUCCUAGCUUUUCUUGCUCUUGUCGCGCCAGCUACUUUCAAAAUCGCCGCACCAGCAGGAACAAACUUGGAGUGCGAUCUAAGAAAUAUAAGCCGUGGAACCGCGGUUAUUUUGUUGAUGCUGUUUGCUGGUUUGUUGACCUUCCAAUUAAAGACGCAUUCUAAAGAGAUUGUUGACAUGACCGAAUUCGAUCAUCGAGAAUCAAGAUACAACGUGAUAUUCGACCUUUUCCUAAUCCUUGUUUCCGUCGGUUGUAUAACCUUAUGUGCGAGAUAUUUAGUCACAAGCAUAGAACAUACAGCAGAAGCAUACAGACUUGGCAGCUCUUUCGUUGGGAUGGUGCUUUUGCCCAUUUGCGUGAUGUCGAAUGCUAUUGAACACUACGAAGCGAUCAAACACGCGUCAGAGGAAAAGAUCAACACUGCUAUUAGUCUUGUCCUUAAUGCUUCUGUGCAAAUAGCUCUUCUUGUAACACCCAUCCUAGUUCUCGUCGGUUGGGUAACUCAACGUCCGCUAACUCUCGACUUCACAGCUCUUGAAAUUGCUGUCCUUGGGUGUGCUGUACUUAUCAUCAACUACCUCGUAGCUGACAACAAGGCCACCUGGUUAGAAGGCCUGAUGUUGCUCGCGUCGUAUAUUAUAAUCGCGAUAUCAUUCUUCUAUUUCCCGAAUCCAGUAGAUAUCGACAAAGAUAAGGAUGUGUUUUGUAAUGCAUUCAGCAGAAAUUUACCACCAGCAGGAGAGGGAGUGGCCGCUGAGGGAGGACAUUAA